AUGAACUGGCUAAAGGCUAAGAGUCAACCCAAUAAAGAGGAAGUUAUUAAUUUCGAUUCUAUACCUGAAAUAGAAUAUAGCUCAACCCAAUCUGAAUCACAAAUAACUUUUCCAUUUAUCGAAUUCUGCUCGGAUAAAGAAACUUUAAUACACUGUAAAACAAAUGAUUCUAGAACUAGCAUUACUCCUGAACAGAUAGCCCCACAAAGUGAGAAUGUUCUU